CUUUUGGUGCUAUGACCUCAGAACCACCCAUCUCUUAAGGAUAUAUACAGGGCUUCUACAACAUUUGGUCACUCAAGUAUCAGGCUUUGAGUGGGGCUGCUGUUGCUACUGCUGCUGUUUGUAAGUGAAAUUGGAAGAUAUGGCACCUACCAAGAAGGGAGUUCUUGAGCGUUUGAACGCUGGCGAGGUUGUGAUUGGGGACGGGGGCUUCGUGUUUGCCCUGGAGAAGAGAGGCUACGUCAAGGCCGGACCAUGGACCCCAGAGGCUGCUGCCACCCACCCCGAGUCUGUUCGUCAGCUGCACAGGGAGUUUCUGAGAGCUGGGGCUAAUGUCAUGCAGACAUUCACAUUUUACGCCAGUGAUGAUAAACUUGUUAAUAGAGGCCAGAAGCUGGCUUUCACUGGGCAACAGAUCAAUGAGGCUGCCUGUGACCUCGCCAAGGAGGUGGCCAAUGAGGGAGAUGCACUGGUCGCGGGUGGCAUUUGCCAAACCCCCUCCUACCUGAGCUGCAAGAGCGAGAGUGAAGUGAAGGCCAUUUUUAAGAAACAAGUCGAUGUCUUUGUGAAGAAGAAUGUGGACUUUCUCAUUGCAGAGUACUUUGAGCACGUGGAGGAGGCCGAGUGGGCAGUUCAAGUCCUGAAGGCCACUGGGAAGCCUGUGGCUGCUUGUCUGUGCAUCGGGCCUGAGGGAGACUUAAACAGUGUCAGCCCUGGGGACUGUGCUGUCAGACUGGUCAAAGCUGGUGCUCAGAUUGUGGGAGUGAACUGUCACUUUGAUCCCAUGACUUGUGUGGAAGCCGUCAGGCUCAUGAAAGAAGGGGUGGAGCGUGCAGGACUGAAGGCACACUACAUGUGCCAGCCCCUGGCCUUCCACACUCCAGACUGCAACCGACAGGGCUUCAUUGACCUCCCAGAGUUCCCAUUUGGCCUGGAACCCAGAAUUCUCACCAGGUGGGACAUGCACAAAUAUGCCAGGGAGGCUUACAAAGUAGGGAUUCGUUUCAUCGGCGGCUGCUGCGGGUUUGAGCCCUACCACAUCCGGGCUGUUGCAGAGGAGCUGGCCGCAGAGAGAGGCAUCCUGCCCCCAGCAUCUGAGAAGCACGACCUGUGGGGCAAAGGCCUGGAAAUGCACACCAAACCCUGGGUCCGGGCCAGGUCCCGCAGAGAUUACUGGGAGACUCUGAAGCCAGCCUCUGGUCGCCCCGACUGCCCCUCCAUGUCACACCCUGAGGGGUGGGGGGUGACCAAGGGCCAUGCAGAUCUCAUCCAACACGCGGAGGCCACCUCUGCUCAGGAGAUCCAGCACCUGCUGCAAAUGCAGAAGAAAGCCAAGAGCAGUGCCUAGAAUGCCCCCUGUCCAUCCUUACAAACAGCAACUGUUUAAUUAGAAAAAUCCCAGAAAGAGCAGAGAUGGAGGGAAGAAGAGGGAAUGGGGGAGAAGGGAAAGACUGCCAUUUCUUUCAAUUUCAGCAUGCAGACGCAAGCAUUGGCAACAGCUGGUCAUGCACUGGUGUGUUCACAUGAAUCUCAUGUGCUGUACAGCCCCACAACCAAUAAAUUAAGACAUCUCACAUA